ACUAUAAAAAAUAACUUCAUUUUUAAUGAAUUUCAUAUCCAUACAAAUUAUCACCGGCAAGAAAACUCAAGCACUUCUUAGCAAAGGCUGUAUCCAUUUCCUCCUGUCUAAGUUUCAUCUCUCUGUGGCUGGGUGUAAAUAUAUCUAGGGAUUGAAGUUUUAGCCUAAGGCUUCAAGUUUUUCUGCACAAAGUUUUCAGCAUACAACAAAACUGACAAAAUUUUGAGAAGAAAUUCUAACAAGAAUUUAAGGAAUGGAAGGAGUCAAUGAUCAGUCUGAUCACGAGGUUGAAUCCGCGCUGCGUAUUGAAGAGCAAGAACAGCCCAGGAUUAAUUCAUUUCCUUCACUGGGCCGUCAGUCAUCAAUUUACUCGCUUACUCUGGAUGAAUUUCAGAAUACUCUUACAAGUGAUGGAAAAAGCUUUGGAUCCAUGAAUAUGGAUGAGUUCCUCAGGAGCAUUUGGACUGCAGAAGAAAUUGAAGCGCAAACACAGAAUGCCAACACAAUGGUGCCCGCAGCGGAGGCCAAGACAGGUGUCACGAACAUGAAUCCACAAUAUCACUAUGGUACAACCCCGAAUGAGAGCAGCAAUAUUGCAGGACAAAGGAACUUGACAAGACAAGGAUCACUGAGUGUUCCAGCACCUUUGUGCCUAAGGACAGUGGAAGAAGUGUGGUCUGAGAUCAGUAAAACUCAACAGAGCACCAACAAUAUUCCCCGUGCUGGUUCCAAGCAACGGGAGCCUACAUAUGGAGAAAUGACACUUGAGGAUUUUUUGGUCAAGGCAGGGGUAGUCCGUGAAGAAGGUGCUGCUGCACAAGUUCCUCAGCAUCGUCCGCAUCCUCAUCCGGCUCCACCUCAGCUUCAUCCUCAUCCUGCUCCACCUCAGCUUCAACCUCAUCCUGCUCCACCGCAGCUUCAACCUCAACCUCAACCUGCUCCACCUCAGCUUCAACCUCAACCUGCUCCACCUCAGCUUCAGCCUCAGCCUCAACCCUAUGGUAUGUACCUAAACUGCGACAGUACAGCAGCGUCUAACUAUAUGGUUAUAGGAUGCGGCGGUACUGGCAGUGUUGGUGUCCCUGCUCCAUUCAAACCGCAGCCACAAACUGGUGGUAGAACUGUAACAACUUGCUUGCCAGGUGGGAAGAGUAGCGCAAUCGGACACCAACCUGCGGUGAGUUAUGGCGGGGGAGUGGCUAAUGGUGCAUGUGCAACUGAAAGUUUUGGAGAAAUGAGUCCUGUUUCCUCAGAUGGGAUAGGUACAAACAAGCCAGGGCGGAAGCGGAUAAUAGAUGGACCAGUAGAGAGGGUGAUUGAAAGGCGGCAAAAAAGGAUGAUUAAAAAUAGGGAGUCGGCUGCAAGAUCUAGAGCAAGAAAACAUGCAUACACUAUUGAACUUGAAGCCGAACUGAAUCAGUUAAAACAUGAAAAUGCGUACCUCAGGCAAAGGCUGACAGAGACAGAGAGCAGAGCUAAUCAGCAGAAAUGGUGCAAUCAGAUUAUGCUAUUCCACGAGGAGCAGCUGGAGGCAACAAGAAACAAAAUUCACAAAAAAGCGAAAGAGACACUGGCACCGUUGAAGAGGAGUUACAGCUGUCCCUACUGAAUCGGAAGCUGAUGGGAGCUCGUUGCAAUAUAUAUAAUAAGUUGAAAAUUAUAGUAGUUUCCUGGGUAUUUCAACGUCUUAAUGUUUUGUGGUAUAAUAUGUGCAAUAAUGGUGUACUUGUGUAUUUGCAUGGAACAAUGUUUUGUACCUGUGUUGUACACAGCGAUAAUAGCAGUUCUUUUUGCAUGAACUUCUGAAGGAAUAUAGUCUAUAAGCAUCAUAAAAAUUAGCAGUUCUUUUUGCAUGAACUUCUGAAGGAAUGGUCUAUAAGCAUCAUACAAAUCAGGAAAUCAGUAUUAACAAUUGGAUGUAUUAUAGUAUUCAGUCUACUGGUUAAUUUUAAAAAUCGAAUCGUCAAAUUGGAAAAGCACUUUGUACC